UUUUGCUGGUGUCCGCAACAAGGCCUCUUAGCGGAUUUGUUGCUGUUGUACCCUUCAUAUUUAUUCUGUGUUCCCAUAAGGCAAAAUGUCUCAGGAAGGACGUGGUGAUGACUUGGCCUCGGAACAGGCCAGUGAUACGAAUCCCAUUUGUGGUGGCUGUGCUAAUCCAAUCACAUCUAAAUCACAUUUUGUACGCACAAAUUGUGGCCAUACUUUCCACAAAUCGUGUCUCUCACAAUGUAUGAAGUCGCGUCCUUUCUGUCCAAUUUGCAAUGUACGCGUCCUUAGUGAACCUCCUACACCAGGUACUACUACCAGAUCACAAUCUAAGUCUCAAAAUACAAUAUCAAAUAGGAUCCCAGAAAGCCAGCCAUCUCAGCCAGUGCCCUCCGUUACCCAGCCGUCAACACAGAAUACAGGGGAAUCUUCGAUUCGUCCUGAGGAUUUACAGGGGAUGAUUUCGUCCAUAGUCUCUGCACAACAGGCCCAAUUACUCGCAAGUCUCAGUGAUCAGAUUGCUCGACUUGUCCAGACAAAUAUAGAGUCCAGGUUAUCUCGUAGUGAUCUAAAUGGCCGUCCUGCAUCUCCUGCUGCAGCGGUCCAGACACAACACACCUCACCCAGACAAAUUCAGACGUUACCCUCAGUUGAGGAGAGGACAUUCCGCGAGAUGUUUGGAAUUUCUUUAAAUAAUACGGGAAACCAAGCCCAGCUUAAUAGUAGUCGUACGGGUCCCUCUGUUUCAGUUUCCAAUAGUACUUCGUCUGAUCUUACAUCUAGGCCAGACAAGGUAUUACAUAUUAUGUCGAAUUGGAAGAUUAAAUUCAAUGGGAAUAUAAACGGCUUAUCUAUUGAAAAUUUUAUCUACCGAGUGAAAGCUCUUACUUUGCAGACCCUACAGGGAGAUUUCGAUCUUCUAUGCCGUAAUGCUAGUUCUUUAUUUGAGGGCAAAGCUGCCGAUUGGUUCUGGCGUUACCAUCGGUCAGUACCAGUAGUUUCUUGGCAAGAACUAUGCAGAGCUUUACGUCAACAGUAUAGUGAUUCUAGGACGGAUAUAGACAUAAGAGAGCUCAUCAGGGACAGAAAGCAAAAUCGUGGGGAAAGUUUCGAUGUUUUCUACGAGUCGAUUGUCGAAUUAACAGAUCGAUUAAAGGAACCUCUUUCUGAGACCAUGUUGGUAGAGGUAUUGCGAAGAAAUUUGCAGCCUGAAAUUCAACAUGAGAUUUUAAAUUUACGUAUUAAUUCACUCCAGGAAUUGAGAAAUAUAUGCAGAAAACGAGAAUUCUUUCUGCAGGAUGUAAGAAGAAAGCAGGGAAUAUUGCCAGCAAAGUCAAAUAUAGGUUCGAGGAGGAUGGCUGAAUUGGACGAGGUAGUGGAUACGGUUUUGCUAGAUUCCCAGGAUGAUGUUGAUGAUCAGGUUUCUGGAAUAUCUCUUUGUUGUUGGAAUUGUCAUCAAGCAGGACAUCGGUACCAGGAUUGCCUCUCCGAUAGAACUGUGUUUUGUUAUGGUUGCGGUGCUCCGAACACCUAUAAACCGAACUGUUUAAAAUGCAAUCCAAAAAACGGUCGAUUGGGUGCACAGAAGAGUGCACCAGGACAGGGGAAGUUGCCGGAGACAGGGCUAAGGUAACUACUUUAAAGAGGAGGAUUGAUAAUAGCGACGUAAGUGAUUCCAACUCAUUUCCACGUUCAAAAGCCCAACCAACUCAUACAAUUAAACCUUUUCAUGUUCGGUUGAAGGAGUAUAGGGAAGCCAAAGAGAGAAUUUUUGGUAGUAAAAGAGUAGCUUCGAGGUCAGCAAAUCGAAUGUGCCAAUUUUGGAAGAAAGUUAGAAGUUUUAAGAUGAAUUGCAUAUCCUCUGUUUUAGACAAACCCUCUGAUGUCAGGCCUUAUGCUGAAGUGACACUUUUUGGGGAGAAGGUUUUGGGGCUUUUAGAUACGGGGGCAUCCUUGAGCUGCAUAGGGUCAAAAUUUGCUAAAUCCUAUCUUGAUUCGGGGCGUCCUUUUAAAAUGCUUAACUCUUCGGUAAAAACUGCUGAUGGGCAAAGUCAGAAAAUCUAUGGAUGCGUAGAAACCACUAUAAUGUUCAGAGGAAUUCAAAAACCAACAACUAUUUUUAUAGUUCCAAGUCUCGACAAAGAUCUAUUCUUAGGUGUUGAUUUUUGGAAGUCCUUUAACCUGCUUCCGCCAGGAUUGUCCUCGCCCGAUUAUGUUUCAGAUAAUGUUUCCUGGAUAUCCGAAUUAGCUCCAAACAUUCAUCUCUCUGAACUCCAAAAGCAUCAGUUGGAUCAGAUAAUCAACUUAUUUCCUUCAUUCUCGAAACAGGGGUUGGGCAAAACUAAUAUUCUCUGCCAUUCCAUUGACACUGGUUCCGCAAAACCCAUAAAACAGAGGCAUUUCCCAGUUUCGCCAGCUGUGGAAAAGCUUAUUUACGAAGAGUUAGAUCGUAUGCUAGAGCUAGGGGUUAUAGAGGAGUCCACAAGCGCCUGGUCCUCACCGGUGGUGCUUCAUCGAAAACCAGGAAAAAAUAGACUCUGCCUUGACAGUCGUAAGCUCAAUUCCGUUACGGUGGGAGAUGCGUACCCUUUGCCUCAUAUUGAAGGAAUACUAAGCCGUCUUCCGAAAGCAAAGUAUAUUACCGCCUUAGAUCUUAAAGAUGCCUUUUGGCAAAUUCCUCUUGACCAUGAAUCUAGAGAGAAAACAGCAUUUACAGUCCCCGGAAGACCCUUGUACCAGUACACCGUAAUGCCUUUUGGGCUUUGUAAUGCACCGCAGACAAUGUCUCGAUUAAUGGACAAGGUGAUUCCGGCGGAACUUAGGACGGAGGUAUUUGUUUACCUCGAUGAUUUGUUGAUCAUAUCGGAAUCGUUCAAUAGACAUCUUGAGGUUCUAAGGUUGGUAGCACGAAAGAUUAGGGAAUCCGGCCUUACUAUAAAUGUUGAAAAAAGCAAUUUUUGUGUAUCGGAGGUUCGAUACUUAGGACAUUUGAUAGGCAAUGGUGUUAUUAGAACAGAUCCCGAUAAGGUUUCAGCGAUAACUGAGUUUCCAGUUCCGCGAUCUAUCAAGCAGGUUCGGAGAUUUCUUGGUAUGACUGGAUGGUACCGCAAGUUCAUCCGAGACUAUGCUUCUAUUGCCACGCCUUUGACGGAUUUAACGCGUGUUAAACGAAAAUUUGUUUGGUCUGAGGAAGCUCAGAAGUCAUUUGAAAUGUUAAAGUCCCAUCUGAGCACCGCUCCCGUCUUACAUAGUCCUGACUUCACACAGCCGUUUUUUAUACACUGUGAUGCAAGUAGGACGGGGAUAGGAGGAGUACUGGUCCAGAAAGAUGCGGAGGGUGAAGAGUUUCCAGUCGCCUUUAUGUCAAAGAAACUCAAUCAAGCCCAACGCAACUAUUCAGUGACCGAACAAGAAUGCUUAGCAGCAAUGCUAAGCAUUAAAAAAUUCAGAGCUUAUGUGGAAGGACAUGAGUUCACCGUCAUCACUGACCAUGCGUCCUUGAAGUGGCUCAUGUCCCAAACUGAUCUCAGCACGCGGUUAGCUCGGUGGGCACUUAAACUACAAGGUUACAGAUUUAAAAUUGAACACAGGCGUGGUAGUCAAAACAUAGUCCCGGAUGCACUUUCUCGUGUUAAUUCUGAGGACCUGUCUUCUCUUACCUUUAAUUGCUUUUCACUUUCAGAGGUAAAUAAUAGUGGAUUUUUUGUAGAUGUUAAUUCAUCACAUUUCAAAUCAGAAGAGUAUAGAAGGCUGUUAGAGAAGGUUGGAAACAGCUUAGACAAAAUGCCUGAUCUAAAAAUUAUAGAUGGAUUUUUAUAUAGGAGAACAGAGCACGCGAUCGGGGAACAGUUUAAUGACGAUUUGUCAUGGAAGCUUUGGAUUCCCCGUGAUUUGGUCCCGGAGGUCUUGAAAAAUGCGCAUGACGACCCCCUGUCUUCUCAUGGCGGCAUAAAUAAGACACUCUACAAAAUUAGGAGAUUCUAUUUCUGGCCGAACAUGGCAGUAGAUGUUAAGAAAUACGUCAACAAUUGUGACAUAUGUAAAUGUAGCAAACAUCCUAAUCAGCCACUAAGACCGCCAAUGGGCAGGACCUCUGAUUCUGACAGAUUCUUUCAGAAAAUUUAUAUUGAUUUUCUCGGACCUUAUCCGAGAUCCAAAUCUGGUAAUAUAGGUAUAUUCGUUGCACUCGACCAUUACAGUAAAUUUCCUUUUCUUAAGGCGGUGAAAAAGUUUACAUCUGAUGUGGUAAUUAAUUACUUAGAAACUGAAUUGUUUCACACAUUUGGAGUGCCUGAAACUAUUGUCUCCGACAAUGGUUCUCAGUUUAAAUCAAAUUCAUUUAGCCAGUUUUUGAAACGAUACAAGGUCAAUCAUGUCUAUACAGCCAUACAUGCCCCUCAAGCAAACGCGUCUGAACGCGUCAAUAGAUCCGUCUUGUCCGCUAUCAAAUCCUAUGUAUCCCCGAACCAAAAUAACUGGGACCAAUUACUAAGUAGCAUCGGAUGUGCAUUAAGGUCCACUACACAUUCUGCGAUUGGGACUUCCCCAUAUUUUCUUGCCUUUGGCCAACAAAUGAUCACUAAUGCUUCCGUUUAUCCACUUCUUCGCCAGUUGCAAAUGUUAGAUGACAGGACUGUUAGGUUUAAUAAAAAUGAUUCGUUGGCUAUCAUGGGGAGCCGAGCGAAAGAAAUCAUGAGCAAGCAGUUUGAUAGGAAUCAAAGGUCUUAUAAUCUUCGCUCUAUGGAGGUCACCUAUGCCGAGGGACAGGAAGUAUUUCGGAGAAAUUUUAAGCAAAGUAGUUUUGAGCGUGGUUACAAUUCGAAAUUAGCUCCUACUUUCCUAAAAGCGCGGGUUCGGAAAAAGCUGGGGAAUAGCUAUUAUGAGCUUGAAGACCUGCAAGGAAAUAUAGUAGGCAAAUAUCAUGCCAAAGACAUGCGUCAAUAGCUAUUGUCCAUUGCAAGCGUGAUCAGCCUUAGGUGAUUAUUGUCACCCCUAAGCCUGAUUUUGGCGGGGGAGAAUUGUAGUAGCGCUUGCUCUUGUAAAAAUGUAGUGCUUUACAAUUUUUAUGAUUGUGGUAUGCCUGUCCAUAUACUUAGCGCCAUCUAUCUAUCAACCGGUUCAUUGUUGCAAUAUACCUAUCAGUUCGUUGACGUUUUUCCCACCUUUGUUGCCAAUUGUUUCCUCUUUUUAACUGGAAGAACAAUUAUGUAUUAUAGGCGGAUCCAAGUUUUCCUUUCCGAUGAAAUAGCAGCAUCCGUCCAUUUUGUCAAAAGUAACACCAAGGGUAGGCAUCGAUAUAAGGUAUUUCUACAUCGCUGCCUCGUUUUUUUAAAGUGAAUUGAAGAAAAUUAAAAAAUUAAAAAAAAACUACAAAAUUCUGAUAAGGAUUUUUUUUCCUGGUUGGCUGAAAUAUUUUUGUCACUGAACCACUUGACUUAAUAUUAACCUGAUAGCCGAAUCUUACAUCAAUUAAUUCAAAGAUGAAAUCACCAUUCCAUUAAGUGCCUAUGGUUUCGUUUGAGUUGCACAUGAUUUCAAUUGAAAGAUGCUUUACAUGAUUUUACAUUGGAUUGGUCUGGAA